AUGUUUCUUGGGUUAGUGCUGCGCGCAGCAUUGCAGAAUGAUAAACAGUUUGCAUUAGAAUGGAGGCCAUUGCUUGUACCGUUUGCUUUCAGGAAUUUCAUUCCGAAAAUGAACAGUGUUGUGCAGGAUGUAAUGGAUGAGAUGGACCCGAAACAACAAGUUGAGGAACAGUAUAAAUCGGUGAACAACGAAUCUUUUCAAUGGCGAGCCUCGCGACUCCUCCUUUCCCAAAGUGCCUCAUAUUUUCAGGUUCCGUCAAAAAAAAGUGAGGUGACGGCAAGUAUGGCGCCUUUUCUUGAGGAAGUGAUCAGGCACACAGCAGCAAACAUUCCGGAUUUGGACGGGAGCAGUACGGGUGCAGCAAAUGGCAGGAAAAGACGAGCAGCUGGAGAACUCAGUAGCAGCAGCGACUCUUCUGCGCUUCCUAAUGGGGAGGAGCACGUUGAGCCGCCGUCUGCUGCGUUAACUGAUUCGCACAUCGAACAACUCGCUCCUCUAUUGGCAAAAAGCUGGCCGACGCUGGCAGAAGCGAUGAAUGUGCAGAGAGACCAGUACAGUACCAAAGAAGAGCCGAUAAAAGUGACCAAGACAAUUUUGUGGCGAUGGAAGCAGAAGGAGGGCGACGGUGCCACCGUUAAAAGGAUCAGUAGUGUUCUGCUGAUGGCUGAACUGUUCAGUGAGCAGGUUGGACAGGUUGGAGUUUGGGAGCAGGAAGAACCAAUGUCUGCGGAGAGCCAGUGA